CAAUAUGUUCAAAUUUGGAUUUUCGAGGAACAACGAGGAUGAAGAAAAAGAUAUCGGUGUGAAAAAAUCGACGAUUGAUUGGAUACCUGCGUCUAAGGUAGAAGUAUCCGAAUUACAAAUAGAAAAACAGUAUGAUCCUAACGAUUAUAUGGAUAGAGUAAUAUUUCCGGGUUGUAAAUUAAAAUUAAUUCGAUCUGAAAAAGCUUUACACGAUUUGAAGGAAGAGAAUUGUAUAAAUAUCAUAGAGGCAGAAUCGCAACACUCUGAUCUUAUUCCCUCUAAAUACGAAGGUGGUUUAAAGAUUUGGGAAUGUAGUUACGAUUUAGCACAAUACAUAUUCGAAAAAAACAUCGUAUUCCAAGAUAAAUUUGUUUUGGAUUUGGGAUGUGGGACCGGUGUUAUUGGCCUUAUUGCUCUUCUGAAAAAUUCCAUCGUUCAUUUUCAAGAUUAUAACGUAGAGGUGAUUUCAACCGUAACAAUUCCGAAUGUUUUGUUGAAUUUUGAAGAUCGAGAAAGUAUCUUAAAAAGAUGUGAAUUUUUUUGCGGCGACUGGGAAUCGUUCACGAAAUUGCACGUUUCGAGCGGUGAAAACAAACUUGUGGAAUACGAUCUAAUUUUCACCAGCGAAACAAUUUAUAAUCCUGACAAUCAUAAAAAGUUGUACGAAGUUUUUAAACAAAGGCUUAAACAGGAUGGCAUUGGAUUGAUCGCUGCUAAAAGUUAUUAUUUCGGUGUUGGAGGAGGAAUAAGACAAUUUCAAAAUUUUAUAGAAGAAGACGGUAUUUUCGACGUUGAUGUAACGUGGAAAAGUCAAGAUAUACUUUUAGGAUUACAAAGAGAAAUUCUAAAAAUUACAAGGAAGACGCAAUUGUUGUUUAUCUAA